GCGUCGACGUUUGACAGUUCGCUCCGGCAACCAAAUUAUCGAACAACAAUCCGCGCAGUCUAGCAAACAAUCCGGUGAUCUGUCUUCAAAUUAUUACCUAAGUAACAUUGCAAUUCCAAUGUUUACGUUUUGCUGUGCCGACUUGUGAGACGAUGGAGUGGUCAAAAGAGAAGACUUUGAAGUUAAUCGAGUUGUUACAAGUUAGUGCUAGCCUAUGGAACCCCUCUUUGUGUGAUACGCGAAGGGAUAAACAGAAAAGAAAGGAAGAAUUGCGUGGUAUUUCUGCAAUACUAGGUAUUUCUGUGUCGGACACUACGAAGAAAAUACAGCAUUUGCGUACGCAAUAUAACCGGGAAGCCGCUAGAGAGGCCAGGGCUAACGAGGAGGACCCUGAGGACAGAUUUUUGAGUAACUGGUACGCGUUUGAAUACUUGCACUUCAUGAAGGACUCAAGUAAACCUUACAGGAUUUUGCAAAUAGACACCCAUUCAGAAGUCAACAGUAGUCUUCCCUCAAACUCAGAUGGCUUUGUUGAAUCACUCCAAAACAAACUAGAAAACCAUUCUCCGCCCCACAAAGUUCCGCGGACAGACAACUUGCACUUAGUCAAAUCUGAGCUGGUGUACUCGUCUCCACAAUCAAGAGAUGAGUUCUCAGUGUUCGGAGAAUACAUUGCUAAUGAGUUAAGGUCCUUGAAGGGUGAGAAGAACUUACUUGUACUAAAGAAGAAGAUACAGGAUGCUAUAUUUGAAGUUAAAAUGGGGAUGAUCCAUGAGCCAAAGACUGAAGAGAGUGCAUGCACGGUGUACGUCCACACCAGUCAACCACAAAAUGUUACUCCUAUACACAGUAAGCUGUACACUACACCGGUAAUGACGACGACGGCCCACAUAGACCCGCUCACAUCACAAACACCCACUUCAGGCAUCAGUGAGAUCAUCAUUAAUGGUGCUUGCCAUUAUUCCAACUUUAAGGUGGAUAGCCAAUAGCAGUGACAUCCACUUCCCA